AUCAUUACUGUAAUGGUGUUGAAUGGCUAAUAUUAUUUGAAUUGUGACAAUUCGCUCUCAUGUAUGCGACGGACGUAUUCAUUUAAAAAAUGCACAGCAUGAGUCAAACCGAUAAUGUAUUGAUAUGAAGAAUCACGCGCCAUUUGUAGUGGGACAAAAUUGGCUUUCUACAACAUUUUAGAGCGCAAACGAGAAAGUUUAUCGUCAAAACUGGAUAAAAUUGAUUUCUGAUGGCAAGCGAAAAUGUUGUGCACCCGAGAAUCAAUGCGAGAAAGCUGAAUAAAUAAAGUGGUAGCUAGUCGUUAGUGAAGUGAUUCACUAGCAAAUUAAGAGACCGACAAACAAAAAGUUUUCUGCGUACAACUGCAUAUCCAAGUUGUUCGUGACUAUUGGUUCCGAGGGAAUAGGAAUUGGUGGGUUUAAAGUCAAAUAGUCUAGUGACUCGGGUAGAAAAAACCGUCCUCUGAUCAGAUGGAUUAACAUCAGAGAAAUUUCAGGAUCUUAUGAAAGUUAAGUAAAGAUGUCUAAAGGCAAGAAUAGACAGAGAACAUUGAACCUAAUCCUGAACAACCUCAAGUGUUAUCUUUGUCUGGAAGAAUUUAAAGAUCCGCGCCUGUUAAACUGUCACCAUAGUUUUUGCAAGGAGUGCCUCGACGGUUACAUUACGACAUGCUGUGAAGAUGGCGUUUUAGAAUGUCCACUUUGCGAGUCUGAGAUGAAAGUUCCCGAAAAAGGGGCACGAGCGCUAAGAAGAAAUUAUUUCUAUCAACUUCAAGAGCAGAGCAUUGGUGAAUUUUGCCAAGUUUGUGGAGAGGAAGAAGAGGCGAAAAAGCACUGUAUAGAGUGCAAUCAAGAUUUUUGUGCGUCAUGUGUGAAAUCACAUGCUGGAAUGACAGCCACGCGAGAACAUCAUCUGCUGAAAGUAGGACAGAAUGCAAGCAAGCAACAGAUAAAACAUACUCUUUUCUGCAAAACCCACCCUGAGGAGCGGCUGUUGUAUCAAUGCAAAGUCUGCAAGGAUUUGGUUUGCCAGCAUUGCAACGCAACAACUCACAAGCAACAUGCAUCAAAUUACGUCAAGGAUGUUGCAGACUCGAAUAGGGCCAAAUUAAAAGAUACUGUCAAUUCAGAGGAAUACGUAAAUUACUUGUGUUGGAUGGCAGAGAAAAAAAUGGAGAUAUCACAAGAAAUUAGCAGAUUUAAAGGAGCACAACACACAGCAGAAGAUGCUAUUCAAAAACACUCGGAAAUGUUGCACCAUCUCGUUGAAAUUGUCAAAAACGAUCUUAUGGGGAAAGUGAAAGACAUGAUGAAAGAGAGAGUGACACCUAUCAAGGGACAAAUCAAAGACUUGGAUAGGAAGAUUUUGUCUGCUGCGACAAUCUAUCAGUUUGCCAAAAACGUUAGUCUACAAGGUGACGACAUUGCUGUUGUGGGAUACAGUCAUAAACUGGUAGCAAAGCUGGAUAAAAUGAAGUCAGAUUAUUCAAUACCAACAGUUAAAAGAGGUAAUACCUUCUACUUUGACCCGAAACACAUUGAAGAAAAAGACAUUCGUCCAUUGUUUGGGAUGGUAACACCUGGGAUCCCUGUUGAAAAAGACCUUAACCCAGAACUGCUGGAGGACUUUGAAGUGGAAAACCAAGGUUCAGUUGUUUCUGCCAUACUUCCUCUAGGUGAUGGAAGAGCAUGGGUUGUUGAAGGUGUAGAAGGAGUGCUAAAACUAUACGAUAAUUCAGGAAGAGUCCACAAGUCACUUCACUUGGGUCUACCAGCGGACGACAUUGCAAGUGGACCAAACAACACCAUUUUAGUGUCUUGCAAUUCUGGAAAGGUCAUCAAGACAGUUGACAAGCAAUUGCAACAAACGACGCUGCUAUCCACCCCUGUCUGUGCACGAGGAUUAGCCAUGGACCAAAAGAGUGGAAUCGUUUAUAUCUGCAUGACCGAGAAAAAUGCCUUUUUUGAUCAUGAUGCCACACAUAACAAUAAAGUGGUGAAGACAAUGACAGGAGAAAACAAGAGAUGGGAGCUACCUGAUAUUUUGGAAUUUUCCGCCCAUCCAACUGUUGAGUAUCCAGCCAGAGUGGUCAUAACCAAGAAUUCGUUUAUCGCUAUAUCUGACUGGAAAAGGGAGUGUGUAACUGUGUUAAAUCCGAGUGGCCAUAUUCAAGCCGAGUACUAUGGACUAAAGAAAAAUGCGGAAAAUUAUUUUAACCCGCGUGGCCUCUGUAGUGACCCGGACAACGGGUAUAUUUACGUGACCGACUACAAUAACAGUAGAAUCAUGAGGUUGGACGAAUCAGGAAAUAUGUUUGACGUCGUGCUGAACAAGUCUGACAAAAUAUUCAAACCUUGGUCGGUCGCCUUAGGUCAGGACGGGGUUCUGUGGGUAGGGAGUCGAAAUGGAAAGAUGUCUGUGUACCAUCUAAAUUGAUAAUUGUGAUUUUGCGAAAAGGAAGUUUAUUACGAUUACUUUGGUUUCAUCAAUAGUCGUGUGCAUCAAUGUUCAUGAAAUGAAUGAAAAUUACAGGGUAAAAGAAACGUAAAACAUGGACAAUGAUAAUACCAAUACAAUUUGUUAUAAGAAAUUGCAUUCAAUGAAUACGCAAAUUGGUACGUAUUUAACGAAAAUUAAUAAAACUAGACACGAUCUCGUUGCGAGCAACGAGUGGGUCU